AAGCCGCGCCGCGGCGGGGAGAAACACCUGCCAGGCCGCCGAGCGGCGGGGAAGCGCGGGCCGGGGUGUCACGCCGGCCGCCGAGGCCGCGGGGAGGAGAGGGCAGCCCGGCUGCCCCGCGGCUCCCCAGCAUGGGGGCACCAGCAACGGCGGCGGCGGGGCUCGGGGCGGUUUUUCCGCCCGCUGGGGUGUUCCGCCGAGGCGGGCGCGGCGGCCUCACCUGGCGGGACUGAGCAUGCGCGGGGCGGCGGCGGGGCACGCCGCCGAUUGGGAGCGCGAUGCAAGACUAGGACGGAGCCGCCGGGCAGCCGCGACUUCGCCGAGAGCGCGCUACCGCGCCGCCGGAGCGGGGGCGCCGGGCUCCGCUCUCCAUGGGACUUGAUGCCGCCACUGCCGCCUCGGACCCUGCUCCCUGCGAGGAUCCAGCUCCCGCCGGGGACUCCCGUUGGCCGGGCGGUGCCUCCUCCGGAGCCGCGGGCUGCGCGGAGCCGGGCAUGACCGGUCGGGCGGCGGGGGCCAGCCGUGCCCCGCUGCUCCCUCGCCGGCGGCCGGGCGGAGGCAGCGCUGCCGCGCUCCCUGCAGCGGCGGGGCGGCGCUGGCCGGCCCUGCCCUGAGGGGCCAGUGGGGAGAGGGCGGGCGGCUUCAGCCGUUGGGAGCCGCGCGGCGGGGCGGCCGUUGGACCGUUGGCGGGGGGCGAUGAGGGCGGCGGGGCGGCGGCGGAGGGGCGGCGGGGCGGGGCGGGGGCUCCGCGGGGCUCUCUAGGACGCCGGCGGCCCGCACACCCACCAUGGAUCUGCUGCUGGUGGUGAACACGAGCCUGGGCUCCCCCAACGAGUCCCUGGCGCUGACCCCCUCCUCGCCGUCCUCCUCGGCCCUCCUGCAGCCGCCCUCCCCGUACUCCCCGGCGGCCGUGGCCAGCCUGGCGGCGGUGGUGGGCUUCCUCAUCGUCUUCACCAUCGUGGGCAACGUGCUGGUGGUGAUAGCGGUGCUCACCAGCCGGGCGCUGAGAGCCCCCCAGAACCUCUUCCUGGUGUCCCUGGCCAGCGCGGACAUCCUGGUGGCUACCUUGGUCAUGCCUUUCUCCUUAGCCAACGAGCUUAUGAAUUACUGGUACUUCGGCAAGGCUUGGUGUAACAUUUACCUGGCGCUGGACGUGCUCUUCUGCACCUCCUCCAUCGUCCACCUGUGCGCCAUCAGCCUCGACAGGUAUUGGUCAGUCACACAGGCGGUGGAGUACAACCUCAAACGGACCCCCCGGCGGAUCAAGGCCAUCAUCCUCACUGUCUGGCUCAUUUCAGCUGUCAUCUCCUUCCCACCAUUGAUCUCCAUGUACCGGGACCCUGAAGGAGAUGGCUUUCCCCAGUGCAAGCUCAAUGACGAGACAUGGUACAUCCUUUCUUCUUGUAUUGGCUCUUUCUUUGCCCCCUGCCUCAUCAUGGUGUUGGUCUAUAUCCGCAUCUACCGCGUGGCCAAGCUAAGGACCAGGACCCUCUCUGAGAAGCGUACAAUGCCAGAGGGGUCCUCCCAGACUGAGAAUGGCUUGAGCCGCGCUGCUGGGGGCUGCACGUCCCUGAGGAUGCAGCUGGGAGAGAACGGACAUUACUCGGUGCACCACUGGCGCAAAGCCUCUGAACUGGAGGACAUUGAGCUGGAGGAGAGCAGCACCUCAGAGAGCAGACGGAGGCAGAGUCGGGAGGAGCAUCCCCGCAAAAGCAGCAAGAGCCAGUCCUUCUCCUACUCAUAUUCCUCCAAGCACUCUAGUAGCCGUCUGUCCCGCUCUAGCAAUCGCUCCAUGCAGUUCUUCUCAUACCGCCGUCGCCGGAAGCGUAGCAGCAUCUGCCGUAAGAAAGUCACCCAGGCCCGGGAGAAACGCUUCACAUUUGUGCUGGCCGUGGUCAUGGGGGUCUUUGUAGUUUGCUGGUUCCCUUUCUUCUUCAGCUACAGCCUCUAUGGUAUUUGCCGGGAGGCCUGUGAGGUUCCUGAGACUCUCUUCAAGUUCUUCUUCUGGAUUGGGUAUUGCAAUAGCUCCCUCAACCCAGUCAUCUACACCAUCUUCAACCAGGACUUCCGCAGGUCCUUUAAACACAUUCUCUUUAAGAAGAAGAAGAAGAACUUCCGGCAUUGAGCUGGAGGGAUGGAUUUACCUUGAGCAGGAGUGGAGUUAAAGGAGAAAGAGAAGGCUCUAUGCUGAAAAAGAAGGGAGGGAAGAGAACGUGGGGUUUGGGCUUACAGAGAAGGAAUAGGGCUCGCCCCCUCGGUAGUGCAGAGUGGUGGUGUGGGGUACAGGGAUAGUGUUGGGGAGGCUGAGGGCAUUCACCAUGGUACGGAAUGGUAACAUGGUGCUGGAGAGGGUAAACGGGGAGUGGAGUAAUUGUCUUUGAACCUGACAGAGGGCAUGGGGAGUCCACAGAGCAAAAUAGGCUAAGAUGGUGAGUUUGGGAGGCAGUGAACUUUUACGGGCUCUGGAAUUUUGUGGGAAAACAAGCAGAGACAUCAAGAGGAAAGGAUUAAGUGGCAGUGGUGGUAGAGAUUUGAGUAUUUAUAAAUAGAGCAGCUGGGGCCUGUGGUGGGCUCGUCCCAGUAAAAAAUUGGCUUUUACUGCUUAUGUGGGGAAAGAAAGUGCAAAGUACCAGGCACUGACAGUCUUUUGAGUUAUGAAAGGAUUUAAAUGUUUGCCAAAAAAACCCUAAAGAACAAUCCAAACUCUUUUCUAAAUAAACCUUUGUACUGUUAAAACCUUCUGAAUGAUGAUUUUACAUGAGGCUUUAGUCAAGCAGAAAGCAUGGGGUUUUCUUUUUCUUUGGAGGGGUCUCUGCAUAUAGUGCUGGAUGGGAAAUGUUUUUCCUGUCUUCCCAUGAUUUUUGAUUUGUCAGUGGAAUAAACCUGGGAAUCUUGCAUGUUUUCAUGAAAUAUGAAAAAGAGCACAUGCACCCCAUGACCUUAUUUCCCCCCGUUGGACUGCCGAGCAGUGAAUUUCUGCUCCAUCCCUCUCAUAUCAAUAGCCUAAGCACCUCGCUGUCCUGGAGCAGGUAGUGGGGAAAACAAAAAUCAUUUUGGUGAACUCAACUAACAUUUUCUAAGUUAAAGAAAAAAAAACAAAGUUCCAAGCAGCUCAACUUGCAUGUGCCCUAGGGAACUUUUUUCCCCUCUUUUUAGGUCCCCCUCAAAAGCCUUAUCUCAGGGGCUGGAUCUGCUCUCGUUCUCAGACAGGCAGUUGGAGGCACUCUGCUAUGCAGAUUUUCAGAGGAAGAGCAAUCACCACACCACUAAGGUCUUUAAAUCCUUCAUAUUUACAGUCUUAGAGCAACUAAAUCCUUUAUAUUUAUUUUUUUAAUGAGAAGCAUACAUUGCAGAUUGUCAGUGGUCUAUGUGAACAAUUCUCAAAGAACAUGCAGCUGUUCCAAACCUUUAAUAUUAAUGCUGCUUUCUUUCCCUUUUCCUGUUUGCAUUUCUAGUUUGUGAUUUCAGUGGAUUUUGUUGAGGGGAGGGAAGAGGGGAGAAGCGUUUGAAUAGUUAUUAAAGCAAAUAAUAUUUCCCAUGGGUUUACAAAAUGUCAUGAACUGUAAUGAAGAGAAUGAGAGAUGGGGGCUGGUGUCUGUACAUUUGCCACUGAAAGCAUACCGAGUGUAGGACUCAGCUGAGCAUUUACAUCCCCUCUUCAGCUGUCCUGCUGCAAGGUGUGUAUUCUGUUUGUGGGGUAAAUACUGCUCCAUUUUAUGUGUAUCACUCCUUCCACAGGCAGCAGGAUUGUCAAAUGAACCUUUCCACACUAAACAGCUCUUUGAAAGAUAGAACAAACUCUCCUCUCAUACGGCAGGCUUCUUGAAACAGCUAAAUUGAACCUAUACCUGAGAACCAUUAGAUAUCCCCCUUUUUCCUCCCUCUGUUCUGUCUGAAAGGUAUCUGUAGCCCCUCUUCUCUUGAAAUCUCUGCGGUAUAAGGAGAAACGAUAGAGCAGUCACUUUGUUUCACCAGUUUUUCAUAAUAAGCAUUUGGUUCACUUAACCCUGGAAAAGGAGGUUGUUGGUGGCUCAAAUUCUGGUGUUAAUUCAAUAGACAAUUUCACUUCAGGGCCAGCUCAAGUAAGAGUUCUGCUAAAGCAAGGAUUAGGUGAUCGCACCAAAUGCAUUAGAAGUUUGUUUGAUUUUACAAAACUCAGACAUUUUCAAAGUCUUAAGUCCGUAACUUAUUGGAUCCUUUCUUGAAAUAAGGCUUAGAGUUGUGAAAAGAUUUGAGCUUUGUUUAAACAGCUGCAUUUAAAGAAAGGAUGUUAAGACUUAUUUUCAGGAGCAUCCCUUUGUAAAUAACAAUGGUUUGGUACAAGUACAUACCUGAGACAGGUGAUUAUGAGAAAAAUAGCAACCGAGUGGAGGAAAUUACAAGCCAUUUUCUCUUUUGCAAAAUGGAGAAUUCUUUUUAAAGUUACAUCAAGAAUAGCUGAAACAAGCUCAUAUUAUUUGUAGGUAAAGAUGUAGCUAAAAAGUUCAGGUUUGUUUAAUCUGAAGAAACUAUAUAAUUGCCAGAGCAACCAAAGCAACAUAUGGUACAUAGCUACUACCUCUAAGCUACUGGACGGCUUCAUUAGAGAUUCCUAUUCCUACCAAGAUAAAGGUCUGCUUUUGUCACUUAAUGCUCAUUUACAGUGGUUUCCCAGUCUGCAGACACACGGCAAUUUCACUGUUGCACUGCUUUUGAAAUGAGAUUUGUUGCCUGUAAACACGAUCCUUCCCCUUUGUUUUUCCUUGUAGAAUUCAAGGAGUCUAUGGAAAUGAAAUUUAAUCGACAGAUUUUAGUGGAGGUGAAGUAUAUAUGGAAUGACUGAUGUGCCUUAAAAGUAAUUUCUUUGCUAUAAAAUUAUUCUGUGGUCAUUAUAAACAUAAAGGAAAUAAUGCUUCUAUUUUUGUUUUGCAUUUCCAAAUGUCUAGAAGGGAUUGAUGCAGAUACUGAAUGUCUAUGUGCAGCAGCAUACUUAAAAACAGGGCAUUUUCUGUGGUUUUAGUUUAUUUCUCAUCACAGUUACUCAUCUGAUUCAAUGCCUCAAGAGGAUCUUACUUCUUCUGAGAUAAAGUAAUAUUCAUCAAUAAAGAUGUGCAGUAUACACCCCUUUUAAGUGCAUUUCCCUCUAAAUUAGUGAAUACAGAGGAUUUCUAUAAAUAUUGUUUUUAAUGUAACUACUGAAUACGCUUCAAGGAAGUAAAAUGGGGCUGAUUUAUUUUUUUAAUUACAGUGUUCUCUUAUUACUUGUAAUAGCUGAAGACUGGAAUUUGUUUGUAACAUAUUAUGUGGUGUUAACUUUUCAUAAAAAUUUAUCAGCUCUGCUACUCACACUGUGGUUUUGCUUCCACUGUAAGUUGGCUAAUAGCAUAUACAGGAAAAAAAAUAGUCAAUGCAGCGUUUGCUUAAGAAAAAGGGAGAAGAUAUUUUACGUUUCAAAUGUGUCUGGUUGUGUCUUUGAUCACAUCUGAUGAGCUGGUUGAAACACUCUUUAGUGUGGUGGAAGAACGAAAUGUUACUAUGAAGCCAUAUUGAUUUUAAAAACAAGGACCUGAUCUUUAACUGUUCAUUUGCUCAUUUCACAAUGAAGAAAAUUUUCUGUCAGUCUAAAAUGAGAAGUUAAUGUUUUAUUUUCAAAACCAGUUUUCUGAACAGUACCGCUAUCGGCUGGUUGUUGAAAUAUUGAACAGUGCGGCUUAGCUAGGACAGGGAGUCAGUGCUGCUGUCCUUCAGCCCUCUUCUGUGGGAGUUUUGCGUGAGUAAGAAUGGCAGAAUCAGCCUCUUCAAGGCUUGGGGCAGGUGGAAGGGGCCUUCUAUAUAGGCAAUUUGACAGGAUCACAGUUUUAAAUUAUUGUCUAAAAUAAGAAUCAGGCCCUUGUUUUUGUGUGUGAUCUCUCUUCAGAAGAGUCGUGUUGCUCCAAGAGUACUGACAAUUUCUGAGAAGUAGACCUGAGAUGAAAGAUUAUGUGCGAGCAGCUUUGCCCACAUUGAGCACCCUUUGUGAGUAAUCCCAGAAAACUUCAGCAGAGUUUACUUUUGAAUGCGGGAAUUACUUAAUGUGGGCAAGGAUGUUAGGAGCUUCCUUAGACAUUGCCUCUUUUUUAGGAAAUGUGCCUGAGGAAUGUAAGCAAACAUUUGUGUGAGAACGUACAAGAACUGAAAGAAAGCAAUUCUCUCUGCUUCACUUUGACUAUUGGUCAAACCCGUAGGAGGUGUGGGUCAAGGAGUUUCUGACUAUAUAACCAGAGCAACAAACCCUACUGUAUGUUUUCAGUAUAAGCUGUGUGAAGAGCUUUAUCAGAUUGCAUCUGUUUUUCAGAGAAGAAAAGUUUGUCUCUUUCUUGCUCUGUGGAACUUGGUAUUGGUUAGAACAGCAUCUGAGAAAUGUAAAGAUUUUGUAGGAAAUGUCAGUAAUGACAUGCAUUUCGGGAGAAUGUUCUAACCUUAAACUAUGACUACACGCAAGGAGAGAAUACCUACAAGCUAUGCAAAAUGAAGGUCAGAUGCUAUCUGUGAGUUCAUUUUCAUGGUUGCUCAUUGUGACCUUGUUGGUGAGCGGAAGGCAACUAGGUGCUUCAGAGAAAAAGCUCUGAUUUGGAGGGAGAACUAUGUAUGAGGAACAGGGAGAAAUUAAUAUUUACUCAUCUUCUUUGCAGUGUAGGCAAGUACAGGGCAGGAAUUUGCCUUUUUUGUUGCACAUUAGCAAAUGUUAAUUUGCCUUCCAGAUCUGCGGGUCAACUAGGCCAUACAAAAAAAUGACACAGGAGAAGGUAGGGAUAAGGGAUUGCUCAUUUCAGUGUUCAAGCUUAAGUUUGUCCUUUGUCCUUGAAAUUAAGCCAAAAAUAGUUUGGCACUUGGACCCCAAAGGCCAUGUAGCAUCAAUAAUUCUACACUGAAUAUAGUCUAGUUUUAGCAAAAAGCAUCGGUUCAUAUUAUAUACCCUGCACAUCUCUGUUUCAGGACAGAAAUGAGAAAGUCUGACACUUAAGGCUUGUGAGAAAGGAGUAAUCAGCAGUUUGAAGCGUCAUGGGUGUAUUGUGAAAUUUCCCUGGAUCCCACUCUGAUAACUGGGCUGGCUUUAAUUUUGUGGCUUCCCAAUCACUUUGAACUCCAAAUAAAGACUUAGGGAGGUAUGUAACAUCAGAAACAGUAGAAAUACUGCUUCUCAAGGAAGCAAAAGGUGCUGAGAAAGUCAGCGUUCAGAUGGUUAUACCAGAUGCCCGGACCUCUAGCAGUUGGAUAACUCUACUACUGGUUGAGUGGGGAAGGCUGGGUUAUCUUCCAUUCACAGUGACAAUCACGCUUGGUCUGAAUUUAGGAGAUACCUAUAGGUAUGUUGCCGUUGUUUGAAGUGGCAGCCGCUAGAGUACAACAGAUGUAAUUUUUAGUAGUUUAUCUCUCCUCUGGCACACGUCCUUCACUACACUAUCCCAAACAUUUUUUAAUUCGACUGCACAACACCUGAUAAGGUAGAGAAAGAUUGCCAGUAUCUUACAGAAUAAAGAAACAGAGGUAUGGAAAACAUUAGGAAUUGAAACUUGGUGUCAGUUCUAGCUUAACGUCUUACUAAGAUACCAGUGUUCCUUCACCCCCUCCUUCUUUUUUCUUUUGGAAAACAAAAAUUCAUGCAAAAUUGCAGAAGCUUAUUUUUAAUAUACUACAACAAUGAUACUCUUUACAUUAGAAAAAAGAGCUUUUCUAUCAGUAAAUUAUGGUCUGCUGUAAAGCAAUUUUCUUUAGGUCUCUGAAAAAAUCUAAUGAAAAGUAAACCAGCACAUAAUUCAAUUUGUCUAUAUGUAACUCUCUUAACAAAAAUGCUUUAUUAAAGGUCCUGAAUGUAAACUACACAAAUCGAAGAUAGCUGCCCGCUUCAUCAAAAUCAAUUAGUUGUGUUUCAGCAUUUUUGUGAACAGCAGUCAUUCAUUUUGUAUGAUACUAUUUCCUGAUAGCUCGCUGCUGACAGAGAAAGCUGUACACCCUGUUGACAACAGGAAAAAAUUGAGGAUUCAUAUUUGCCUCCAUUAACUCUGUUAAGUCUCCUCUAAUAAAUUAAAAAGCAGGCCACUAGGAGUAGGUCUUUUGGUGUGAUAUCUAGUAAGUGAUGUAAGUCAGAGAAAUAAUAACGUGACUGGUUCUGAGAUGUACAGCACUCUUAAUAGACUAACCCUAGGCUGCAGGGACGUGCUUCUCUUGUUUUUGUUCUCUAUGCCUUUGACCCAACAUUGCAGAUUAUUUCCUCUGUAGCGGAACACUUUCAGCACAGCAUCCCUUUCUAACUAGUGUGUUGGAGUCAGAAAUUAAUACUGAGGUCUCCCACUUCCUCACUGAGUGCUUUCACCAAUAGGCUAUUUAUAAAGGUGAUGCAGCUAAAAUGCCUUUCCUUUAGGCACAUAAAUGUUUUAUUUGAUCUAGCUUUUUGUCUCUCAGUAGACUAACACUCUCAUUCCACAAAGACAUUCUCUAUCUGGAAAGCGAACGCAUGUCAACGUGAGAAAUCCUGAAGACCUGCAGCCACUCCAGCUAUGUUUUAAAAGAAAAGGCCACAGCUGAACUAAGGAAAAGGCUUAAUCUUGUCUGUGGUGGGGAUGCCCUAUCUGAGACCACCUGCUCAGAUGUGCCUCUCAUCAGGUUUUGGUGGAAACUGUGUGUGGAGCUGUACAGCUGGGGCCCUGGCAGCUGUACUGAGAGGAGCAACUUCAAGUAUCCAGCAAAGAUUAGGGUACGAAAAUAUGUGCCUAUUGAAUCACUCCAUAAUAUGGCAGACUCUCUCGCUUUGUCUUUCAGUUCUCUUUCUGCACUCUUUAAAGCAGUCCCCUCUUGCAAUCUGAGUACAAUACACAGCACAUGCUUGCUGUGCCUUUACCUUGAAUGCCCCAGUGUCCGAUCUGCAAAGAGCAGAUAGCGCUUCUCCUCCCAGGUAUGCUGGGAGGAUUCUCCAGAAGAGUACCUGUGAGAUGCUCUGAUGCAGUGUUGUGCUAUAUGUAAGUACCACUAGUAGAGCAACAGGAGUGAUGCUAAAAGUUCUUGAUUCACUCCAAACCGUACUGUUUUGUCACCAGUAAAUGCUUGUGUGCACAGUUGAGAAGUGUGUAUAAUUGUGCAUUCACUAAGGUUGCCACUGAUUUGUUUACAUCAGCAGCAAUUUCUCAUGGUGAUUAAAGAAAGACUUUUAGUCAGUCCAUCAAACUGCUAGUUUUGGUUUGCCACGUGGUAUAUCAGAGGAACAUGAUGCAUUGUUUUAACAACACAAUUAGCAAUAGAACUGAUUGAAGAUUCCUGGAUGGCAUGUUUUUUCUGCCAGAAAAAUGGCACUUUGAUGAAAUCUGUUCUUUCUUUGAAGAAUGUGUCUGGUUUGCCCCAUAUAUAAUGGAAACCAGGAGAUCUUUAAUCAGCUUCUGCUGGCCUGACUGCUUACUUACUUACUUGUCUGGCUGGCUCCUGGGCAGGCUGCUGGAUAAGGUGCCAGAAAGCCGAGACUUCCAGUCUCCUGGAUCCUGGGCAGCUCAGGCCCCUGCGUUUAUGGGCACUCAGCUCUGAAAUCCAUUAUCACUUAUCUAAAUGCUACAUAACCUUUGUUAUGCUUAGUCUGUCAAUGUCUUUAUGCAUUAAGGAGGGACUACCAUGCCCUUUAUGCUGAUGAGAAACCAAAAGAUUAAUGGCAUUUGGGUAGGUAAAUCGUAACAAGCUUCUACCUUAUGUGGAUCCUUCCAGUUGCAAGUCCACUGUUGAUUCUCAGACCCCUGCUAAGCUCCAAUGUAUAAAGUUCUGCUUGUGCUUUAAAGUUCUGCUUCUGGCUCUGUGAAUGUUGCACACCCACAGAACUUGCACACAAAUCCUGGCAGGAUACACAAACUAAAUGUUUCUCUCCUUUGCUUGUCUCCACCUGGUAGGCAGGCCGUGUGGUUUGGGUUUUGCGGAAUAAGAAAAAAGUAAGGCACUACCUCUCUAGGAGGCACUGGCAUCACUAGCAUUUUGUUAAGGACCGUGUUUGUAUUUUUAGUCACCAGUUGAAUUCACAUUCCCAGUUUGAGAUGCCUGAUUUUGCCAUGUAUUGUACAGGUACCCUCAGGGCAUUACUCUGGUCUAUGAUUUGCACCCCAAAGGGGUGGAAUUCUUCUGUACUUCUGGCAAAGUAUAGAAAUCUGAAAUCUGAAGUAGUACAGAAAAAAAAAAAAAGAAAAAAAAAAGAACCAAGAUCCCCAAAAACUAGUCACUGAAAUAGACAACCUCAUUUAUGGGUCAAGGCUCAAAUUCAGGCAGAAAAACAGAGAUAAAACCAGGAAUCUUUCGUAUCUCCCAUUUCUUUUAGUGCCUGCUAAGUGUCUCAGGCUACAGUGUGGAUCACUAGAUCAUUCUUUUCUCACACUUUGAAGGUCACCCGUGACACUUCCCUUGAGAUUACUGAACCUAUAUCUUCAAUAAUCCAGAAAUUACUUGGAAACCCAAUGAAAAGUAAAUGUUACAGAGUCAAGAAAUACCAUUCAUGAUUCUAAUGUUGGGCAGGAUGGACUCCCUAACUGGCAAUAUGCCUAUUGGGAACAAAUAUUUUGGGCUAUUGAGCAGCUCUGUGUGUAUUUUUCAGGCAAAGUGAUGAUCAUAGAGGGAACUUGAAUGCCAGGUGAAUGUUUUGUACAGAGGAGGCUUCCUGACAGUAUUUACCACCUUCAGAAAUGCCAGUCAAUGUCUAUCAAACUCAUACUUUUCAUAAUGAAAGGAAGGGAUUACCCCCAAAUAUGGUAUUAAAGGAAAAAAUAGGUAGAGGUAAUUUUAAAAUGUAGUCAUGCAUAGUAAGUGUGGAAGGAGAAGGAACCUGUCAGUUCCUGGAGAAAGUUCAGCAGCAAUUCAUUCUUACAUAAUUCUGCCAUCUCCAGCUUGGGAUAACUGAUAGUCACAUAGGUUGACUCUGCCUUGAGGCUACAAUGUUUUCAAGAAGCGUUAUAACUUUUUCAUGUGUUAACUAGAUUUUUGUUGUGGUAACAGUUACUAUUAAUUAAUAACAGAAAUGACUUUUUUCCCCUCCCCUUCUUUCAGAGGAGAAACAAACAGAAAAGACAUUUUACAGGACUACAAGAAUAACUGUUCCUUUUCUAUUUUGGUAAUGCAAAAUAAACAUUAGGAAUAAACUUAUUUAAAAGAGUCAUUAGGACUUUUGGAUGCAAAUUAACCAUUUCAUUCUCUGCACAACUCAAUUAACUCAAUGCACUUACCUAUCCCUGAGGUUUUAUAUGUCAUGUAAUAAAAUAUCUCAGUUGCCCAGAGAGGCUGUACUGUCUGUCCUUAGAGGUUUUCAAGACCUGACUGGAUAAUGCCCUAAGUAAUCCGGUUUGGCCUCGUAGCUGACCCUGCUUUGAGCAGGAGACUGGACUAGAGACAUCCUGAGUUCACUUCCAACCUGAAUUAGCCUAUGAGUCUAAGAGCUGUGUCAUCCUAAUAAUAAACAAAAGGAAAGUCCUAAUAAUUGGAUAGCAUCAAAAUAAUAGUCUAUAGAAAGAUGCACAUACAUUGCUAUAGGUGGCAAAAUUUGCUCACAUUUAUUUUGCUCUUCCUUAGGCCAUUUGGAUCCCUAAACCUCUAAAUGUUUUCUGUCUGCCGUGUGCAAAUUCUGUCUAACAAACAUUUGGCUGGGUCCAGGGCACAAAGAUUUUCUUAUUUGUUUAGAAUUCAUUUAAUAACCAUAGGCCCCUACAGCACGUUCCCUUCUCCUGCCCACCCACCCCCCCAGUCCUUAACACAGUAGAGGCACAUACACAUACACAAUAUUUUACAGACAUUUUCUUUAGAACUCCAGCCAAAAUACUGCUUUUGAUUUCUUCCCCAAAUAAAACAAACUAUGUUUAUGUCCAGGAAGUCAAAUGUGUCUUCAUGAUCUACUGACUUUGAAGUGGUGAAGAAUAUAGAUCAUAAAGCACCAAGUCAUGAUUUAUACCAUAGCUGUUGUGAGCAAGAUAAAAAUAACAAGGCAGUGAAUAUGUGUUUCUAUACACAGCUGAAGACUUUAGUUAAAGCCUGAACAAUGGGAAUCUCUGACCAUGACACAUGUUGCUUCAUUCCUCGUUCAUUUUUGCAUGGAAGGUGCCUGACCCUUCCAUAGAAGUAAGUGGCAUUUCAGAGAACUGGGUGCUAGCUGAUGAAUUCAUGAAUAUGUUGUCACAUAUGGAACUGCAAAACCUUUUCUUCCUUUCAAGAUGUCAGUAAUGUUUCUCUGCAGAUGCUAUUGUAGAGCAUGGCAAUACAGUUGUAUAUUCCAUAUAAAUUAUAAGGUUUGUUAUUUGGUUGCCACUAAAUAUAUCACAGUGCUAGAAAAUGCUCUUAACAUACUGUUAUAAUCCUUGAUGAUAUAAUCCUUGAUGAUGAUCCAAGAUUCCUGGGGCCAAAUCUGCAGCAAGGUGAGAGCAGAGUCGGUCUGUGGCUGCUUGCUGCAGCCUCCGGUCUGCGGACACUGCUGAGGCAGCUGAAGCCCACCUGGGUGAGGGACUUGUGAAUCAACAGCAUCAUGAAGCUGUGGGCUACAUUUGUUUCCCACUAGACUUGUUCAUGGGAUCAACAGGGUACAGAUCCCAUUGCUACAGCUGAUAAAUAUGCUCUGUUGUUCUGUUUAGUUAUCAAAAGCAAUCCUUUAUUUCUGCCCGCCUCCACUGUCUUUUAUGAAGCUGCAGAGGUACUUGGUACUAUUCACACUUCCACUCAGCUUCAAAAAUUUCAGAAAACUCUUUCAGGCCCUCAUCUGUCAUGACAGGGACUCCAAAAACACUUCGAAAUUACUUUACAAUAUUACUUCAUUCAUAAAUAUUUUUGAAAGUUAUGAACAAAAAAAAAGUGCUACGGAAGUCCUAGAUCAUUAUUGUUAGAAAAAUGUAUAAUAAAAACUUGAGAAUAGUCACUUGCUAAGGAGUUCAUCCAUCCUCUGGUUUUGCUUUAAAUGACCUGGAAUUUGAGGGUUGCGAUAUGCAUCAUUAAUGUCUACUUUUAUAUCUACCUUUUGUAGCUUUCCCAAGGUACACUGAAGUACCUCUAGAAACUUUGCUAUUUUAUGUAUCUACAGAAGAUAUUACAGAACUGAUGAUUUUAUCAGUGGGGGUCAGUCCCUUCUCCCAAGUAAUAAGUGAUAGGACGAGAGGAAACGGCCUCAAGUUGUGCCAGGGGAGGUUUAGGAUGGAUAUUAGGAAAAAUUUCUUCACUGAAAGGGUUGUCAAGCACUGGAACAGGCUGCCCAGGGAAGUGGUUGAGUCACAAUCCCUUGAGGUAUUUAAAAGACACGCAGAUGUGGCACUUAGGGGCAUGGAUUAGUGGUGGACUUGGCCGUGCUACGUUAAUAGUUAGACUCAAUGACCUUAAGGGUCUUUUCCAACCUCAAUGAUUUUAUGAUUGUAGCUAAAGACCAGAACAAUUUUUAGAGGAAAUCUUUUGCCUGAUAUUUUCCUGAUUGGCUUAAGUUCAUAUUAUUUGCAAAUAUUCAGUGCAAAACCUCUCACUGUCUGUGGUAGAGGGUUGGGAAGGAGACAUUCAUCUCUGUGGGAGCUGUGAUUCUGGGAACAGCACUUGCACUGAGACUUUGAUGUUUCUGAGGCAGUUCCUGUUCUGGGAUUUCUUAUGUGCAAGUUGAAUGCCUAGAAGCAUGAUUCCUGCUCAGGAUACAAAUAAUGACAAAUUGUCUGAAUGUGGAAAAAACUGUGGAAUGAUAAAUGUCAAUGUUUUGUCUACAUAUAUCCAGAAAACUGUACUCAUGAGGCUUCUAAAUCAGUGUGCUCUGUUUCUGUUCUUUGAAGUUAUUUUUAUAACUAUUUCCCAAGCAAUUGCACAUCCUACAAUGAGAACUACAUAUGUCCCAAGAUUAAAAUAUCAGAAAUAAGCCAUUUUUAAACCUUCAAUGCUCAAAACAAAUGGCAAGUGCUUUCUUUAUACGCUAGAUGAAUAUUCAGCUCAAACAAUUAAAAUAAAUAAUUGCAUUGUGGAAAAACACAGUACAGAUCAUGAUAACUAUGUAUUUUUAUUUUGUAUUGUUAAAGCCGUAAAUUUACCCCUUAGGCUGAUUUAACAUAUAUGUAAAUUUUUCAUGUGCUUUUAAAAGGUGGGUUUUUUGUCUUAAAGUUCCAUUUAUAUUCUUUUUUAAGGAGCAAUCUCACACACACACAGAUUCAGGUAAAUAGUUCUAUGAAUAACCUCAGGGUUCCUUGGCAAGAAUGUAAUUGUCUGUGCACUGACUCUAUAACUGAAUUGCCUUUCUUAAUAAUGGGAUAUUGGUUUUAUGGGCCCCUGACUGCUCCCCUUUA